AUGUCUUUAUUGCAAACUCUUUCUUACCAAGAUUACAAGUCUAUAAGAAAUCUUAGCACAUAUCAAUGCGAGGUUAUUGCAAGACUAGCGGAUUUAAAAAUAACAUUUGAUGGAACAAAAAUUGCUGGUGAACUGCUGUUAAAGUAUUUAGACCGUAAAGGCUAUUCAGUGCAAGAAUACAAAGAACUUCUUAUAACAGCUCAAAACACAAAAACUAUUACAACAUACUAUAAACCACAAUCAAAAGUUGCAAUAUUAAUAGCCAACGAUAAAUAUGAACAUUUAUCAAAAUUGGCAACUCCAUCAAUAGAUUGUGAAUCAUUGGCUUCAAAUCUGAGAAAUUUGGGAUUUAUCACAGUAAUUAUAAGGAAUUCUACUAGUAGCACACUAAAAAGUAAUAUCACAAAAGUUAUUGAUUUAAUUCCAGAAGAUUCAUACUGUUUCAUCUUUUACGCAGGCCAUGGUUGUGAGUUGUGCAAUACAAAAUGCUUACUAGGCAUUGAUUGUCCAACAGACAACAUAUCCUUAAGUCAUUGUGUUACUGAAAACUGGUUGUUACGAGAAGUGUAUAAAUGUAAACCAGAACUAUGCAUCUUAAUUAUGGAUAUGUGCCGAAUGUGUUUGGAUAGAGAAACAAAUCCAAAUAUAUUUAGUUCAUUAUGUUGUAUAGAAGAGUAUGCAAUACAUAGCAAUUUAUUAGUUAGCUAUUCAACUCAAUCAUCAAAAGCUGCAUACGAAGUAUUGCAAAUAGAAUGCUCAACAACAAUUGAUAAUGAUGUAACUUAUGAACUAAAAACAGGAGAUACAGAUAAAAUUGUGCCUGCAGCCAGUCAAUAUGUUAAUUCUUUGUGUUCAAGAUUGACUGAUUAUGUUGAUGUCUGUACAUUACUAGAUAAUGUUCAUGCAGAUGUAGAAAGUUGUACAAAAAAACAAAGGCCAAUCAAAGUUCAAUGUGGAGUUUCAAAGAGAUCUCUUUAUGACCCAGUCAAAGAAUCGAAUGCUGAAUUAUUGGACAGGCUUAGAAAAGCAUGUGAAGAAUUUAAUGAUCAAUGUGAUAUUUUUUAG